GAGUCAUUUCUGGUGAGUUGUUCAAACUCACUGUUUUUACUAGUAAGCACUCCAAAAAAAAAACUAAUACUAUCUUAAGUUUCAUAAUAUUCCUAUUAGACCGAUCUCCGGUAUUUAGCAAGAUGCUUGACUUCCUUGCUUUGGCCUUUGUGGUCGCUGUUAAAGUCUUCAAGAAAACUACCCCCAAUGGAAAAGUUACUGUUUACCUUGGCAAGCGCGACUUCAUUGAUCAUGUAGAUUAUUGCGAUCCUAUCGAUGGAGUUGUGGUGGUUGACACGGAAUACCUGAAAGGAAGAAAAGUUUUUAGCCAGCUUGUAACGACAUACCGCUUCGGUAGGGAGGAAGAUGAGGUCAUGGGAGUCAAAUUCUCGAAGGAAAUGGUCAUUGGCCAAGAACAAGUUGUGCCAAUGAUAAACUCAAAGAUGGAACUGACACCUGUCCAGGAGAAAUUACUGAAGAAGUUGGGGCCAAACGCUUUUCCGUUUACCUUCAACUUCCCGGAGACUUCACCAACUUCGGUGACACUGCAACCAUCCGACGAAGAUCAGGGCAAGCCUAUGGGCGUUGAAUAUUGCGUGCGCACCUAUGUUGCUGAGAACGAGGAUCAGAAGACCCACAAGAGGAGCUCCGUUACUCUUGCGAUCAAGAAAUUGCAACAUGCUCCAGCAUCCCGCGGACGCCGCCUGCCCAGCUCUCUUGUCAGCAAGGGCUUUACAUUCAGUAAUGGCAAGAUCAGCUUAGAGGUGACACUUGAUAAGGAAAUCUACUACCACGGAGAGAAGGUUGCCGCCAACCUCAUCGUGUCUAACAACUCGAGGAAGUCCGUGCGCAACAUCCGUUGCAUGGUGGUGCAGCAUGUCGAGAUCACCAUGAUCAACUCGCAGUUCUCUCGCCAUGUCGCCUCCUUGGAGAGCCGAGAAGGGUGCCCAAUUACACCUGGGGCAAGUCUUUCUAAGACGUUUUACUUAGUACCUUUGGCACGCAGCAACAAGGACGUACGAGGCGUCGCUCUGGAUGGCCACCUUAAGGAUGAUGAUGUGAACCUGGCCAGCUCUACUCUGGUGGCUGAGGGCAAGUGCCCAGCUGAGGCUAUUGGUAUCGUCGUGUCCUACUCCGUCCGUGUGAAGCUGAACUGCGGAACACUUGGAGGAGAACUCGUUACUGAUGUUCCAUUCAAGCUUCUCCACCCAGCUGAAGGAUCUCAGGAGAAACAACGUUUCAACGCGAUGAAGAAGAUGCAGUCGAUUGAGAGACACCGCUAUGAGAACUCACUGUACGCCAACGAGGAGGAGGAUAACAUCGUCUUUGAGGACUUCGCUCGUCUGAGGAUGAACGAACCAGAAUAAACAAUCAUUGAAAGUCCGUGUCAACCAAAAAAAAAAUUGCAAAACGUAAAAAAAUACAAAAAAAUGUCAACUAAAAUAAUACCAUGAAACUAGUCCAUUGGAUCAUUUCAUUAAGCACUUAAGUACCUACCUAUAUUCGUGAUCCAACAGUAGGAAUUAUAUUUAUUAGGAAUCAAAUUUAUUAAGUAAAUAUUUAACUGUUAAUUUUGGAUCGUAACGUGUUAUCAGUAGACAUUUCCUAACAAAAUUAACCGUUAAUCAUAAACUCUAGUGGAUUGUAUUUGUUUUAGCGAAACUUACCUUUGUAAUCUUGAAAUUAAAUCGAAGCAGCAAUCACCAGAA